UACUCAGCUCUACAGACAUUAUGUCCACUGUUCAUCUGUUUUCCAGGUCUGGUUAAUAUUUACCUUUUAAAUAACAUUCACAUGACGUACAGUGAUCAACACAGAGAUAUGGAGUCAACAGAAAAGAAAAAGAAACAGGAUGUAACGUGCUGUCUGCCCAUAUAUGGGUUAACAGGUGUGUUCCAUCAGGGAUACAUAAAAGAGAAGUUACUGAAGCUACUGUACCACAAUGUGCAACGUAGCCAAUGCAGUUCUGUAUAUGCUGGUUUUCUAAAUUCAUUGUCGGGGGGUAAACUCCUGAGGAGCGAAUGAAGAAACAAAUUUUGCUUUUAUUCACAUUCAGAGGACUAGUGAGCAAAGGGAAAAAGGGUAAAAAGAGAAAAUGGCCAAUUUUAUAUUACGGACAGCUGAACCCAAGGAUGUAUCUGACAUUCUGCGACUCAUAAAGGAACUUGCUAAAUUUGAAGAGAUGGAAGAGAAGGUCAGGCUGACAGAGAAAGAUCUACUUGAAGACGGCUUUGGGGAUCAUCCAUUCUACCACUGCUUGGUCGCAGAGGUCCCAAAAGAGCAGAGCUCAGAUGGUAAAAACAUGUCUCUAACACAGAGUCAUAUUUCUCCCCUUCCCUUUAAAUUCCACUCAUGGUGUUUUGUUGUAGGGUACACUGUGAUUGCCUUUGCCAUGUACUACUUCACCUAUGACCCUUGGAUUGGAAAGCUCCUGUACUUGGAAGACUUCUUUGUCAUGCAGGAGUUUCGUGGCCUCGGCAUUGGUUCACAGAUCCUGAAGGUUCUGAGUGAGACGGCAGUGAAGACUCGCUGUAGUAGCAUGCACUUCAUUGUAGCAGAAAACAACACAAACUCUAUUGAGUUCUACAAGCGGAGAGGAGCAGCUGAUCUCUCCUCUGAAGAGGGCUGGCGUCUUUUUGAGAUUGAAAAGGAGGACCUGCUGAAAAUGACUGCCAAAUAGUUUACUGUUAAUUGACUUGAUGUUGGUGAUAGCAAUAAACCUGUUUUGUUUUGUCAGUGAUUUGGCACAGUCUGAAUAAAUACAUUUACCAAUCAAGUGUUACCUUUGAUAAUAAACAGCUUUUGCUCCUUUCAGUUAAUCUAAAAUUUAAAGAUCUGCUGACGAGUGAAUGUACAUUGAACUUUUGGAAUAACUACGCUAACUAUAGUGCUGGCAGAUAUUGCUUCCUUUGAAUUCUUUUUUGGAGGCCUGUAAAUGUUAAAUUCUCCAAAGAUUUUAAAAAAGUUACAGAAAAAAAAAGUGUAAUAUUAAUUAAAUCAUCAUCAUACCGUCCGUUUCAUCUUGUG